UUUCACUGUCCCCUUGCUGCUCAUGCACUGUGACCAGCUGGCUUCCUGCUCCUGCCAAGCCUUCCGUGCCACCUUGAGAUACAGAUCUUCAGAGUGUAAGCCAGAAUAAGCCUUCCUUUCUGUGAACUGCUUUUGUCAGGGUUAUUUUAUCCCAGCAACAGAAAAGGAAACCACCUGAGGAAGAAGCAGGAGCCUGACUGAACUGAAGAAAAAUGGCAGCCCAGGGAGAAGCCUUUGAGGAGAUAAUUUGUGAGUUUGAUGACGACUUGGUCUCUGAGCUCUCUACUCUUCUCAGAGUGGAUGCACUUUCAGUCUUGAAGAGACAACAAGAAGAAGACCAUAAAACACGAAUGAAAAUGAAGAAAGGUUUUAACUCACAGAUGCGCAGUGAAGCCAAACGACUAAAGACUUUUGAGACCUAUGACACGUUCAGAUCAUGGACGCCACAGGAGAUGGCAGCUGCUGGGUUUUACUACACAGGCAUGAAACUUGGGGUUCAGUGCUUUUGCUGUAGCUUAAUCCUCUUUUCCACCAGACUCAGGAAACUUCCCAUAGAGAACCACAAGAAAUUACGACCAGAAUGUGAGUUCCUUCUGGGCAAAGAUGUUGGUAACAUUGGCAAGUAUGACAUCCGGGUGAAGAGUCCAGAGAAGAUGCUGAGAGGUGNCAAAGCAAGGUACCAUGAAGAGGAGGCCAGANUGGAGUCCUUUGAGGACUGGCCAUUUUAUGCCCAUGGGACAUCACCACGUGUACUCUCAGCAGCUGGCUUUGUCUUUACAGGUAAAAGGGACACUGUGCAGUGUUUCUCCUGUGGCGGAAGCUUGGGCAACUGGGAAGAAGGAGAUGACCCCUGGAAGGAGCAUGCCAAGUGGUUCCCCAAAUGUGAAUUUCUUCAAAGUAAGAAGUCCCCAGAGGAAAUUACCCAAUAUGUACAAAGCUAUGAAGGAUUUCUUCAUGUAACGGGAGAACAUUUUGUGAAUUCCUGGGUCAGAAGAGAAUUACCUAUGGUAUCAGCUUACUGCAAUGACAGUGUCUUCGCUAAUGAAGAACUAAGGAUGGACACNUUUAAGGACUGGCCCCACGAAUCACCAGGGGCUGUUGAAGCUCUGGUCAAAGCAGGCCUUUUCUACACAGGCAAAAGGGACAUUGUCCAGUGUUUUUCCUGUGGAGGAUGUAUGGAGAAGUGGGCAGAAGGUGACGACCCAAUAGAAGAUCACACCAAGUUUUUUCCCAACUGUGUGUUUCUCCAAACCCUGAAGUCCUCUGCAGAAGUGAUUCCAGCCCUUCAGAGCCAGUUUGUACUUCCAGAAGCCAUGGAAACAACAAGUGAAAACAACCACGAUGAUCCAGCAGCAGUUCAUUCUACAGUGCUGGAUGUUUCUCCAAGUGAAGCCCAGGAACUUGAACCCGCAUCCAGCUUUGUGUCUGUUCACUGUAGAGACCAGGACCACAGUGAAGCUCGAGGACGUGGAUGUGCAUCCAGUGGGACCUAUCUUCCCUCCACAGACUUGGGUCAGAGUGAAGCCCAGUGGUUUCAAGAGGCCAGGAGUCUGAGUGAGCAGCUGAGAGACACCUACACUAAAGCCACUUUUCGCCACAUGAACUUGGCAGAAGUGUGCUCCAUCCUUGGCACUGACCACUUGCUCGGCUGCGAUGUGUCCAUCAUUUCAAAACACAUCAGCCAGCCUGUGCAGGGGGCCCUGACGAUCCCUGAGGUCUUCUCCAAUCUCAGCUCUGUCAUGUGUGUGGAGGGGGAAACUGGCAGUGGAAAGACAACCUUCCUGAAGAGAAUAGCUUUUCUCUGGGCAUCAGGAUGCUGCCCCCUGUUGUACAGGUUCCAGCUGGUCUUCUACCUCUCCCUGAGUUCCACCACACCAGACCAGGGACUGGCCAACAUCAUCUGUGCCCAACUCCUAGGGGCAGGAGGCUGCAUUAGUGAAGCAUGUCUGAGCAGCAGCAUCCAGCAGUUACAACACCAGGUGCUGUUCCUGUUGGAUGACUACAGCGGGCUGGCCUCACUCCCCCAAGCCCUCCACACACUGAUUACAAAAAACUACUUGUCACGGACCUGCUUAUUGAUUGCUGUGCAUACAAACAGGGUCAGGGGCAUCCGCCCAUACCUAGAUACGAGUCUAGAGAUCAAAGAGUUUCCCUUCUAUAAUACUGUCUCUGUGUUACGGAAGCUUUUUUCACAUGACAUAAUGCGUGUACGAAAAUUUAUAAAUUACUUUGGAUUUCAUGAAGAUUUACAGGGAAUUCAUAAGACCCCCCUCUUCGUGGCAGCAGUAUGUACUGACUGGUUUGGAAAUCUAUCUGACCAGCCCUUUCAGGAUGUGGCCCUUUUCAAGGCCUACAUGCAAUACCUGUCCUUAAAGCACAAAGCUGCAGCUAAGCCUCUCCAGGCCACCGUGACCUCAUGUGGGCAGCUGGCCUUGACAGGUCUUUUCUCAUCAUGCUUUGAGUUCAAUAGUGAUGACCUGGCAGAGGCAGGAGUUGAUGAAGAUGAAGAGCUCACCACCUACUUGAUGAGCAAAUUCACCGCCCAGAGACUGAGACCAGUCUACCGGUUUUUAGGUCCUCUGUUCCAGGAGUUUCUUGCUGCCAUGAGGCUGACUGAACUCCUGAGUUCAGAUAGGCAGAGAGACCAAGAUCUUGGACUUUAUUAUUUGAGACAAAUUAACUCACCUCUGAAGGCUAUGAGCAUCUACCACACUUUUUUGAAAUAUGUCUCCAGCCACCCUUCAUCAAAGGCAGGGCCAGCAGUUGUAUCUCAUUUGCUUCAGUUGGUGGAUGAGAAUGUGUCAUUGGAUAACAUGUCUGAAAAUGAGGAUUACAUGAAGCUCCAUCCAGAAGCUUUGCUGUGGAUUCAGUGUCUUAGAGGAUUGUGGCAGCUGUCUCCUGAAUCUUUUUCUUUGUUCAUCUCAGAAAACUUAUUGCGCAUUGCUCUAAACUUUGCUCAUGAAAGCAACACAGUUGCUGCAUGUUCUCCAGUUAUUUUGCAGUUCCUUCGAGGGAGAACACUGGAUUUGAAAGUUUUGAGUUUACAGUACUUUUGGGACCAUCCAGAAACCUUGUUGUUAUUGAAGAGUAUUAAGGUCUCAUUAAAUGGAAAUAUCUGUGUACAGAGAAUCAAUUUUUCACUCAUGGAAAAAUCUUUUGAAAAAGUACAGCCACCAACUAUAGAUCAGGACUAUACCAUUGCCUUUCAACCUAUAAAUGAAGUCCAGAAAAAUCUAUCUGAAAAGAAACACAUAAUAAAGAAGUAUGAGGAUAUGAAACAUCAGAUCCCACUAAAUAUUAGUACUGGCUACUGGAAAUUGUCCCCCAAGCCAUACAAGAUCCCUAGGCUGGAAGUUGGAGUGGCCAACACAGGUCCAGCAGAUCAAGCACUGCUCCAGGUCCUCAUGGAAGUCUUCUCAGCUUCACAGAGUAUUGAGUUCUGUUUAUUCGACAGCAGUGGCUUCCUUGAAAGCAUCCGCCCAGCUCUGGAACUGAGUAAGGCCUCUGUCACCAAGUGUUCCAUGUCCAGGCUGGAGCUCAGCAGAGCAGAACAGGAGCUGCUUCUCACCCUGCCUGCCCUGCAGUCUCUGGAGGUCUCAGAGACAAACCAGUUACCAGAUCAGCUCUUCCAUAACUUGCACAAGUUCCUGGGCCUGAAAGAACUGUGUGUGAGACUAGAUGGCAAACCGGAUGUGCUCUCAGUCCUUCCUGGAGAGUUCCCAAACCUCCAUCACAUGGAGAAGUUAUCCAUCCGAACCUCCACAGAGUCUGACCUCUCCAAACUAGUUAAAUUGAUUCAGAACUCUCCAAAUCUCCGUGUUUUCCAUCUGAAAUGUAAUUUCCUUUCGAAUUGUGAGUCUCUCAUGACUGCACUUGCUUCCUGCAAGAAACUCAGAGAGAUUGAGUUUUCUGGACAAUGCUUUGAAGCCAUGCCCUUUGUCAACAUUUUGCCAAACUUUGUUUUUCUGAAGAUAUUGAAUCUUAGAGACCAACAAUUCCCAGAUAAGGAAAUAUCAGAAAAGUUUGCCCAGGCUCUGGGUUCUCUCACAAACCUGGAGGAACUGCACGUUCCCACUGGGGACGGGAUUCACCAAGUGGCCAAACUGAUUGUCCGGCAGUGUCUGCAGCUCCCAUGUCUCCGAGUUCUUGUCUUUGCAGAGACUCUGGACGACAACAGUGUGCUGGAAAUUGCCAAGGGAGCAACCAGGGGAGGCUUCCAAAAACUUGAGAACUUAGACCUUACACUGAAUCACAAGAUUACAGAGGAAGGAUACAGACAUUUCUUUCAAGUCCUGGACAACCUGCCAAACCUGAAAAACCUGGACAUUUCCAGGCAUAUCCCAGAAUGCAUUCAAAUUCAGGCCACCACUGUCAAGGCUUUGGGUCAGUGUGUGUCCCGACUGCCCAGCCUCACCAGGCUCAGGAUGCUCAGCUGGCUCCUGGAUGAAGAGGACAUAAAAGUGAUUAAUGAUGUGAAGGAAAGACACCCUCAGUCCAAACGCUUGACUAUUCACUGGAGGUGGGUAGUGCCAUUCUCUCCUGUCAUUCAGAAGUGAAGGAUGAAGUGGAAGAUUACCGGCAGGUCUAAAAACCUGAUUUUCUAAUACAUUUCACUCUAGACAGGCAUGGUGCAAUCCUAGUUCUUAGGAGAGUGAGCAGGAGCAUCAAGAGUUUGAGCCGGGGCUGGAGAGAUGGCUCAGUGGUUAAGAGCACUGUGAUCUUCUAGAGAUUCUGAGUUCAAUUCUGAGCAGCCACAUGGUGGCUCACAACCAUCUGUAAUGGGAUCUGAUGCCCUCUUCUGGUGUGUCUGAAGAUGGCUACAGUGUACUCAUAUACAUUAAAUAAAUCUU